GGCCAUGGAGGGAAAGCGCGGAGAAAACCCUAGAUUUUUCGUCGCUGUUCACGUCGGCGCUGGCUUUCACUCCCCGUCUAAUGAGAAAUCUUUCAGAAGAGCAAUGAAGAAAGCCUGCCUAUCUGCCGCGUACGUUCUCCGGAAGAGUACUGGUGGUUGUCUAGACGCUGUUAUAGCUGCCACUAAAGUUCUGGAGGAUGAUCCAAUCACAAAUGCAGGUCGAGGUUCAAACUUGACAGAGCUCGGUCACGUAGAAUGUGAUGCCAGUAUCAUGGAUGGCUUUUCCGGAGCCUACGGUGCUGUGGGGGCUGUUCCAGGUGUUCAUAAUGCCAUACAGAUUGCUGCUUGCUUGGCCAGAGAGCAAAUAAUGGGUUCUUCACUACUUGGGCGAAUACCACCAAUGUUCUUAGUAGGUGAAGGUGCCCUCAAAUGGGGGAAGUCUAAGGGAGUUCUUUUGCCAGCAACUAUUCCUGAAGCUGAACGGUGGCUGAUAACAGAGAGGUCCAAAGGACAAUGGUUAAGGUACAAAUCCAUGCUUGCUGAUGCUAAGAAGCAGAAUGAGCCCAAUUUCAUGCGAUUUAGCGAAGACUCUAAGAUAAAUGGAUUUCUGUCGCCAGGGUCAGGUGGCAUAUUGUUCUCUCAUCCCUCUUUGAUCUAAAGCUUGGCAUGCACACUUUGUUGGAUUGAUGGUGAAUAUAAAUGCAUAU